UUUACGGAAGCAGGCAGUUGUCAAGCGGUGUCCAGCGAUCAUGGCGGCGGACCCGAGAAAAAGAAAGCUGGUGGGUUUGGGACCGGAGCAGGAGACGGAGCCGCAGGGGGACCGAGGGCCUGCGGGGCGCUUUGUGGAGGGUUCCAUUCUCCGCAUCACCAUGCACAAUUUCCUAACGUAUGACCACUGCGAGGUGUAUCCAGGACCCAACCUAAACAUGAUCAUUGGUGCCAAUGGGACAGGCAAGUCGAGCAUCGUGUGCGCCAUCUGCCUGGGUCUCGCCGGCAAGACAGCCACGCUGGGCAGAGGCGACAAGGUGGGCCUCUAUGUGAAACGUGGCUGCACUAAGGGCUCCGUGGAGAUCGAACUGUACAGAGCUGUGGGAAACCUGGUGAUCUUCAGGGAGAUGCAAGUGCAGAACAACCAGUCGACGUGGACCAUUAACGGGGAACAUGCCAGUCAGAGAGUGGUUGAGGAAGCGGUGAAGGCCCUCCGCAUCCAGGUUGGAAACCUGUGCCAGUUCCUUCCUCAGGAGAAGGUCGGCGAGUUUGCCAAGAUGAGCAAGGUGGAGCUGCUGGAGGCCACGGAGAAGUCGGUGGGGCCCCCCGAGAUGUACGAAAUCCACUGUGAGCUGAAGACCUUCCGCUCCAAGGAGAGGGAGCUCGAGAACAUCUGUAAGGAGAAGGCCAGUUUCCUGGAGAAGGCCAAGCAGAGGAACGAGCGCAACAGGCAGGAUGUGCAGCGCUACUAUGAGAAGAAGAGGCACCUGGACAGGAUCAAGAUGCUGGAGAGGAAGAAACCCUGGGUGGAGUACGAGACGUCACGUGAGCAGCUGGAGGCCGUCAAGCGGGAGAGGGAGCAGGCCAAGCGGGAGCUGCGGGCCCUCAAGGAGGAACAGGCCCCUAUGCUUUUCCAGAUUCAGAGUGUCGACGCUCGCCUCAAGCCCCUGGAGAGCCAGAUGAGGGACAAGACAACUGAGAUCAAGGAUGAGUCCCAGAGAUGCAAGCAGAAGCAAGACCUGCUGGAACGCAAGCGUGCUGAGGUGGAGGAUAUCCAGCAGGCGCUGAGUCUGAAACAGAUGGAGGAGGACGACCGGCAGAAACGCAUCAGCAAUACGCGCUGCAUUGUCGCCGGGCUGCAGGCGGAGCUGGACAGCCUAGGCAAGCAGGAGGACGUGCAGCCGCAGAUCAACCAGAUCAACGUGGAGCUGCGGGGCUUGCAGGAGGACAAGGCUCGCCUGGAGAGCAGACAGAGCGACCUGCGCAGAGAGAAGGAGAGCAUGAGGGGAGAGUGCACACUUCUCCAGCAGCAGCUCAAGAGUCUGGAGGACAUGAUGAAAAUGAAAGAGGAGAAGCUGCGGAACAAGUUCCGUGACACCUACGAUGCCCUCCAGUGGCUGAGGCAGAACCGCAGCCUGUUUGAGGGUAACGUGCAUGAGCCCAUGAUGCUGGUGAUCAACGUUCGGAACCCUUGUCAUGCUAAGUACAUUGAGAGCCACAUCCCCGCCAACGACCUGAGGGCCUUCGUCUUCCAGAGGCAGGAGGACAUGGAGAGGUUCAUGAAGGAGGUACGCGACAGCAGGCGGCUCCGAGUGAAUGCGGUGAUUGCCCCCUGCGAAUCAUUUGCCAGGCGCCCCCCUGGCCGCCCCUUAGACACUUUAAAGCAGUUUGGCUUCUUCUCGUACCUGCGCGAGCUGUUCGAUGCCCCCGAAGAGGUGAUGAGCUACUUGUGUUACCAGUACAAGGUCCACGAAGUUCCAGUGGGCACGGAAAAAACGAAGGAGAUGAUCGAGGAGGUGAUCAGGGAGACCCAGCUGAGGAUCAUCUACACAGCAGAGGAGAAGUACCACGUGAAGAAGUCGCAGUACUCCAACAAGACCAUUGCGAGCAACUCAGUCCUGCGGCCUUCGCAAUUCCUCAACCUGGCGGUGGAGGCCGACAAGAGGAACAGGCUGUGGGAGCAACUGAAGGCUGUAGAGCAGAAUGUCACGGCCAUCGAUGCCCAGAUUAAGACCCUGCAGGAGCAGCAAAGCCAGUUGGAUCGGCGUGACAAUGAGUUGCUCAGGCGGAAGAAAAUGCUGUCGGAGAUGAAGGGCAAGAAGAGGCAGCUGGAGCAGAAGAUCAGCGCCAAGCAGGACAGCCUCAUACAGAUGGAGCAGAGCGGAAUCGACCUGCGCCAGGCGGAGCAGGAGGCCUGCACAAAAACCAGAGCAGUCAACUCCCAGAAGGUGGCCAUAGUCACAGAGUUUGGGCAGCACAUGCGGUCGAGAGUGAAGCUGCACAUGGUCAAAGUGUACCUGGCUCUGGAGAUCGUGGAGCUCAGUGCGGAGAAGGCCAGGCUGGAGAGCAGCUGCAGAGAGGCGACGGUCCGUGUGCAGACCCUCGAGCAAAAGUGUAAACAGCUGGAUGAGACGAAGACGGCGCUGUUGAACACAUGCCAUGAGCGGCUGAAGAAGGCCAAGGAGACCUGCAACAUUGACCCAAGGGAGAAUGGAAUCCCAGAAGAACUGAAAACUGCGUUCAGUGAGCUGCCCAACACGCUGGAUGAGAUUGACGCCUGGCUCAACGAGGAGCGCUCCCGCGCCGAAUGUUUCACUGGCCUGAGCAGCGGGGUCGUGGAGGAGUACACAAGACGCUCACAAGAGAUUGAGAACCUGAGCAGGGAGCUGGAGGAGAAGCACAGCGCCUUGGAAACGUACCAACAGAACAUUUCCCAGGCCAAGGAGCAAUGGCUGAACCCUCUGAGGCUGCUUGUGGAGCAGAUCAAUGAGAAGUUCAGCGACUUCUUCUACUCCAUGCAGUGUGCAGGAGAGGUGGACUUGCACUCCGAGAAUGAGGAGGAGUAUGAUAGGUAUGGGAUCCGCAUCAGAGUCAAGUUCCGCAGCAGCACACAGCUCCAUGAGUUGACCCCCCACCACCAGAGCGGUGGUGAACGCAGUGUUUCCACCAUGCUUUACCUCAUGGCCCUGCAGGAGCUCAACCGCUGCCCCUUCCGUGUGGUGGAUGAGAUCAACCAGGGCAUGGACCCCGUCAAUGAGAGGAGGGUCUUUGACAUCGUGGUGCGCACAGCCUGCAGCGGCACCACCUCGCAGUACUUCUUCAUCACACCCAAGUUGUUACCGAACCUGCAGUACGCAGACGAGAUGACCGUCCUGUGUGUCCACAAUGGGCCACAAAUGUUGGCCCCCACCAAAUGGAACGAAAAGGCAUUCCUGAGACGUGCACGCCGCCGCCAGACCCGCGCUGCGAACGCCUGAACCCACUUUGGCUGGACUCCGUGUCAACAUGGGAUGUGUUUGGAAGACGGGUUUCUGUCUCUAGGUGGACAGAUGGAUAGUACCUAAAGUGUGUCUGUCCUCUUGCGCUUUAUUUAAUGCAGCCGGAUGGUCACUUUGCUCUUUAAGGGUGUACAUGUCACCUGUCGGUUGGGAAAUCGCCAAACAACCUACAGAGGCUUUUUAGCAUCAUGACACAGAGAGGUGUUGUCCUGCCUGUUGGUCAAACAUUGGCACCUGGGACACUGCAGGACAUUCCAGUAUCCACAUGGCACACCCAACUGCUAAAAGCACUGUUUGUACUGUCUGUGGUUCUCAGUGGUCUUUAUGUAUUUCCGUAACCCUUUAGUGUAACUGAAUUUUGGCUCCAAGUUGUGUACUGUCUAGUUUGGAUAUGAAAGUUUAAAAUAAUGAAUACAUAAAUGAGUAAAUAAAUAAAUAAAUGAA